UCGUUACUCAUCAGUUCCAGUUCCAGUUCGGUUCAGCAAAAAUUGUGCAAAUAAAUUGCGGAAAGACGAAUUGUUUAUGUGGGAAUCGGCAGCGAAAAGCGAAGCGGCGGCAGCAAGACGACGGCACCAACAACUAAAGUGAAUGAAGUGAGCAUUGCCACUCCCACGCACACCACCGUGCAGUCUGUGUGUGCGAACGGCGAACUGCGAGUUGCGAAUUCCGUACUUCGGAUUGUGGCCUCACCCGCCCCCGCUUCCGCCUCCGCCCCGCACGAAGUACUUGGAAAACCAACACCUGUCCUUUUAGCGCAAGAGGAAUCCCUGCCAGCUGGUGCAGCCAUUUGCGAAGGACCUCCAAGGCGCAGGACACGGUGGAAAGCGCCGAACACUGAAGCGGGUCUUCAGUGAAAAGAGAGAGAGAGAGAGAGAAAGAGAGAGAGUGUGCCAUAAGUCCGCUUGGCAGGAGUCACAGACUAGCCACCUGACCACUUGACCACCUGACCUGACCACCUGGAUGCCCGGCUUUCACCUCAAUGAGAUGGGUGAAAUGGUUCUGGACGCCAUCGACGACAUCGGCGUGGUCGAUGUGUACGACUUGGCCUCGGACAUUGGCAAGGAGUACGAGCGGAUCAUGGAUCGCUUCGGCACGGACGCCGUCAGCGGGCUGAUGCCCAAGAUCAUCAACACCCUGGAGCUGCUGGAGGCGCUGGCCACGAAGAACGAGCGCGAGAACGCCACCAUCCAGGAGCUGCGCGACAAGGUGGCCCAGCUGGAGAGCGAGAAGCUGGAGAAGGCCGAGUUCCGGCGGCGCUUCGACAAGGAGCUGGAGCUGAUUGAGGAGCAGUGGCGCAGCGAGACCAACGAGCUGGUCGAUCUCGUCUCCUCGCUGCAGGACGAGAACAAGCGGCUGGUGAAGCAGACGCAGGACCUGCAGUCCUCCUCCGCCCAGAGCUCCGGCCUGGGCGCCAGUCUCACCGAGAGCAUUAUCAGCAUGACCAACCACGAGCUCCACGGCGCCCUCUCCGAUACCCAAGUGCUGCAACGGCUCAAGGAGCAGAUAUACAAGCAGCGCGACGAGUUGAAGCACCGCGAGCGGGAGCUGCAGGACAAGUACAGCGAGCUGGAGCACCUCAAUAUCCAGGCGGAGCGGCUGAAGGCCUCGGAGCGGGACACCAGGCGCCGCCACAAGCUCAUGCAGGCCCAGGUGAAGACGCUCUGCGAGGAGCGCGCCGACUUUCUGGCCCAGCUGCAGGACCAGAGCCGCGAGAUCAACCAAUUGCGCAAGCGAUUGGGGCUGGCCGAAAAGGAGAACGAGGACUUGGUGGCCUCGUACGACGAUGGCCAGAACGAUCCCAACCGGCCGCGGUACACCACGCGCGAGCUGAAAGAGUUGAUAAGCGAGCGGGAUGAGCUGCUGACCACCAUCGAUACCCUCAACGAGCAACUGGCGGAGCUGAAGCCGCCCAGCCAGGCGAAGGGCAAGCGGCAGCGCCACUUCUCCAGCUCCGAUGACAGCGAUGAGGACGACGAUGGUCACGUGGCGGACAACGACGACGACGACGACGAGGAGGAGGAGGCAGCCGAGGCAAACGAGCUGGAGCCACCAGCUGCCGGAGAAACGCCACCUGGACACGAUGCGCCCGUGCAGGGACCUUUGCCCUACGAGCCGGACGAUGCGCCCUGGAAGAAGAGCUCCGAGUCGGGAAUACGCAAAUUCUUUCGGAAGCUGUUCUCGGACCCGUCGGACGGGAGCAACACAUUCCCGAAACGUUCCUUGGCCACGCUCUCCAAGAUGGCGCUGUCGGCCACGCCCGGUUCCGUUUCCGCCUCCGCAGCGGCGAAUCUAGGCAAGAGCCUGUAUCUGACCCUGUCCCUCGCCAUCCACCUGCUCCGCCUGAGCUGUACAUACAUAGUUUACACACUCGAUUGCUGUGCUCUCGUAAUUCUAAGUUGUUAUGCGAUUUUGUUUACGUAAUACGCGUUUUUUUCGUAACUCGUUACUCGUAACCCCUAACUUUACUGGAUAUAUUUAAUACGAAUCCACUUUGUAUUUUUUUGUACCUUCGAUUUAUUCUAACUUGAUUAACGACUACCACAUAAGACUCCAAAAACAUAUACACACCCUACAUGUGCAAGUGUUCCAAAGAACAAGAACAAAACGAGAACGAGAUUGAGAUUGAGAUCGAGA